AUGGCUGACGACGAACCAGCCUACCUGUGGGUCGAGUCACAAAAAGGGUUGUCCUUGGUGGAACUCUCGGCGUCCGGGAAUCCUGCAAGGCUUGUGCCCCAGCCCAUCUUGCCUCGAGCCAUUACAACCUCUCCCACUGGUCGCAGAUCUUCCCGGGGUUCCUUGAAGAGUGACAGCACAUUAGAACUUGCGGUACGCGGGAAAGAUGAGAUCUGGGGCUUGCACCAAGAGGACCUUGAUAUGCAUUUGCCAAUUCCGGCAGCUAGCUACCAAGGACUUUCUACGAGUUGCAUAAAAAGCACAGAGGAUCUGCACCACGAUGAUGGGAGCGGAAAAAUCGUCCUGAAGAAGAACUACCAAGGCGAUGUAUCUGCCGAGUGGGAAAGAAGAUAUGAUAUGAAGUACGGUUCAGGGCAACGUUGA